AUGGCAGACGCAAAUGUGCUACUCGCGCUCUUUCUGGUAGGUGACCCAAGUGCGAACACGCUAACGACAAAGGGUGACGCAUAUGAUCUAAUCGGGAACGAGGGUGUCCAGUCUGCAGGUUAUGCGGAUGAUGAAUCUGCGGACGCCCUUGGCCCACCUGCCAACGACAAUACUGCAACUGCGACUGCACUUGGUUGGGCUGCGCCUCAUCUCAACGGUCCGCUCAGUGAGGAGAUCUACGUCUCACCGCAACCUGGUGUCCAAACCGCCUCAGGCAACUGCCUCCGUCUCCACAAGGCCCUCUACGGCCUCAAGCAAUCCGGCCGUGCAUGGUGGCUCGAGCUGGGACGUGUCCUGCACAAGUACGGCUUCAAGAGAUGCUCUGGCGAAUGGGGCUUGUAUAGCAAGUGGACCAAACAGGGCCCCAUCAUCUUGCUCACCUACGUGGACGACAUUCUCAUCUGCUGUCCCAAGAAGGACCAAGCAGACCACGCUCCAGAUGCUCUCAAUGAAGAUCGACCGCGAUCUCAAGAAUGA